GAGUGGAAGUAGGGGAGGAUAAAUAUCAGCUACAAUUCGCAAUUCUGUACCUCGUCAAUCAAAAGUGUAAUGGAUCUUAAUUCCUCUUGAAAUUAUGUUACACCGCAAUUGUAGUUGAAGUUUGCAAAUUUACGAGGAGUCUUCUAAAUCUAUCAAUUGAGCUCUCUUCUUUGUACAAGCAAAUUGUCUUCUAUUCGUUAUGAAGAGCACCUUUACUAUUUAGGCAUAUGAUUUUGUGAUAAAUACCUUAUGUAGAGCACCUAUACUACGAAGGAACAUGAUUAUGUGAGAAAUAACAAAUGUACGUAGGGCACCUCUACUACGAAGGAAUAUGUUAGUGAGAUCGAAAUGCAGAAUAUAAAACUACUAGUUCUAGGAGAUGGUGGUGUUGGUAAAAGUUGUCUUUUGAUAUCAUAUACAACAAAUUCUUUCCCGAGUGAGUACGUGCCAACAGUUUUUGACAACUACUGUGCAAAUGUUUUAAUCGACGGAAAACCUAUUUGCGUCGCGCUGUGGGAUACUGCUGGUCAGGAGGAUUAUGAUCGACUUCGUCCUCUGUCUUAUCCACAAACAGAUAUACUUCUGCUUUGUUUUUCCAUUUGUGGAAGAGAUUCGCUAGAAAACAUAACAGAAAAGUGGAUACCAGAAAUAGAUCAUUUCAUACCAGACUGUCCAAGAGUUCUGGUCGGUUGCAAGUCAGAUUUGCGUACUUCAAAUCCAGAUGCAUGUAUUUCGCGCACUGAAAUAGAAAAAAUUGCAAAAGAAGCUGGAUUAGUAUAUUAUGAGACCAGUGCACUAACACAAGAUGGUUUGACACCCUGUUUUGAUAGCGCAAUUCGAUGCGGAAUAGUGGGAAGCACAAAAAAGAAAAAAACAAAGUCGCCAUUUGGAAUUUUCAAGAAAAAGAAACCAGAUGAUCCCAUCCCUCCAGUGAUGCCUCCAACUGGAAAGGCUCCUUGGAUAGAAAUAGAAACUUCGACGUUUGCAGAAGAUUGGCAGAAAAUAUUAGAGGAUCCAAAAUUUUCAGAUGUUACUUUUUUAUUGGAAGACGGACAACAAAAACUUAAGGCACAUAAACUUGUUUUAUGCUCUGCAUCCAAAUACUUUUGUCAAAUCUUGGGACUACCAAAUAGUAAAAUUAAUCAGAUUAAAAAUGUUGACAAUAAACAAAUAUCUCAUGAAGAGUUAAAUUCUGGUAGAAUAGAAGGCAUUGCAGCAGUUUAUUUAACUGAAGAGGAUAACAAAACAAUGAUAACGGUUGAAAUAAGUGCAAACAUUACUGCUAAAACAUUUGCACGGGUUCUAGAAUUCAUAUACACAGGUGUUCCAAAGAUUCCAGAAAUUAAUGAGGAUUUGCCAGAAUUACAGGAACUAUGUCGAGUUGCAAAAAUAUUCAAACUGUCAAUGCUGGAAACUAUUUGCAGAAACAUUGAGAAUGAGGAAGACUUUCUGAAUCCGAGUAUUGGUACUUAUCUCAACGAUGAGACUGGAAAGGAAAUGAAAUCCUUGUUUUUUAACCAACCAUCUUUCUGUGAUGUCAUAUUUAGGGUCGAAGAUCAGAGUAUUUAUGCCAGUAAAGUGGUACUGUGUGCCAGAUGUUCUGUUAUGGCAGCUAUGUUUGGUGGAAAAUUUGUGGAAAGUGACACUGAAACAUUAACAGAGGUGAAAAUACCAAACACAUCAGUGGAAUGUUUUAUUGCAUUGUUGGAAUACAUGUAUACAGACCAUGCUCCAAUCGAAGAAACUGAUUCUGUUGGUAUUAUGGUAUUGGCAGAUGAAUACGGACAGUCUCGAUUAGUUGAUCUGUGUGAAUUAUAUAUAACAAAAGAGGUGGAUAAAAGUGUCACAAAACGGAUUGAAAAAGCAGAGAUUGAUGUGAUUGGUCUAUUGCUCACAGCACAGGCUUUCAACGCUAAUCAGUUAGCUGGGUGGUGUUUACAUUUCAUUUCUUCCAACUACAUAGCUUUUGAAAAGAGACAAGACUUUUCCAAGUUAACAGGAGAGAACAAAGAUCAUGUUGAAGAACAUCGUUGGCCUCCAUUGUCGUACAUUAAAGAGGUUGAAGUUUAUGAAGCAGAGAUGCAGAAAAGAGGCGAAAAAUGUAAAAUAAUGUGAAGUCACUGGUAAUAAGAGGGCCGUGGAAAUUUUUGAAAUUUUGCAUUCAUGUGAUUUGAUCAAAAUGAGACCGUUGUAAUUCUCAGACCGAGACUAUCGGUUAUAGAGAUGUGGAAGAGAAGCAGUCCAUUAUCACCACUUUUCAAUUGGAAUUAAAAAAAAUAUGAAAUCAGUUAUUGUAUCUUUUGAACAAAGCUUUCUCAAUAGAGAUUCAAAUGAAUGAAUGAACUCUUUAUUAUCAUAAAACAAAAUGUUACAGAGAACAUAUACAUAUUGACAAUAUACAAAUAUAUAGUGCAUGUGUGAAUUACAUCAUAUAAUAAACACUAAAAAUUUCUAACAUGGAGGAACGACCUUCUCGUGGACGUUCUUAAUACAUUUACACAGUAAGUUUAUCUAAUAUGAUUACAUAGUUGUUCAAACUUUUAAAUGUUUACAUUUUCAUGACAAAAUGGGGUAAGCAGAUUUUUUCUAGCAUUAUUAAAAUAGAUACAUGACAUAAUAGAGUGGUAUUCGUCACCGAUGUCCAUCGAAUCACAGAGAGGACACACUCUUUCGCUUAAGUCCUAUUGUUGAAUAUGGCGCCGCAAAAUGGGGCUGCAAGAAUUUUUCAUAUUAAACCGAUUCCGACGAGAGCUUGUAGAUUUUACCUUGGUGUAGGUAAAUACACACCCAACGCAUCUGUCAUGGGAGACAUGGGGUGGAUUCCAAUUUAUCAUACACAAUGGAAGGUAAUUGCAAGACACUGUCAUAGAUUACUAAACAUGGAGCCAGAUCGUACGAAUAAGAAACUAUUUAUAUGGGCAGAUGAGGUCAGUCUUAAGCAUAAAAUUGUCAAAAAUUAAAAUGUCAUGGUUAAAAAACAGUCCACUGAACUUGAGUUGGUUGACUUUUGCAAUACCAACACUAAUGUUAAUAAAAAUCUUUUUGUUGAUACAGUCGUGUCAAAAAUGUUUGAUAAAUAUAUUGAUGAAUGGAAAAGCAUUGUUUAUUCAUCCUCUUCCAGACGAGGUAAUGGGCGAAACAAGUUGAGAACUUAUACUAUUUUUAACCAGGAUUAUAUUGUUGAAACCUACUGUAAACUAUUGAUGACUUUUAGUGAAAGAAGUGCUUUUGCAAAUUUAGACGUGGGAGAGAGAGGGGGGUGUUUAUACUGUAAAUAACAUCACAAUUAUGCUGUAUAUUUUUUUCAUUCAUGUUUAAUUGUUAAUGUAUAUAUAUACAUGUUGUUUUAGUUGUUAUCGUCUCUCAUAAUUCUAUACAGAUUGGCUUAUGUCAAUAUGUGUAAAAAAUGUAUCUUAUGUAAUCUUAUAUUGUAUUGUAUAAGUGUAUGCAUAAGGUUAGACGAAAUUAAAAUAUUGAAUUGAAA